AAGAUAUCAGCUGGAGCAAAUGCUUGGUCUUGUAUGGUUCGGAGGGCUGUAGAAUUCAGUAGAUAGUGUGCUACUUGUUUUAAGAAGCUAACAGAGGAGAUUUAUAAUGCAUUGAAUAACUAACCAUUUUCUGGGAACCUUCUUGGAGCACCAAAUGGGUGCAUUUUAUACUCUAUGCUGUCACACUGAAGAAAAAGAAGAGAAGAAUGCGAUAUUAUGUCAUCGGUCCUCCAGUAAGGUCAGUGUAUCAAGUGGAAGUGAGGUUCAGCUGGAGUGUGUCUCUGAACUGGAGCAAGAGAGGAACCCAUGGAGAACUCCUUGCAGCUCCACUUCCAUCAUAGAUGGUGAAUCAGACCAGGAGCUGCAGGCCUUUAUCAUGAUGAGGAACCAGGUGGAUAAAGACACUGAGGAGUGGGAGAAACUGAACUAUGACAUCCACACACUGAAGUGUACUCGUCGAGAGGUCUGUGCACGCUGGAAAAAGAUUCUCCUGUUGCUGGGUUACCAGAUGGAGGUGGACUCGCUGCUGGCAGUGAAUAAGCAGAGUGUUCUGAGGAAUGGAGAGGAUGUGCAGAGAGCCAGAGAGUUGCUACACACAGUAUGUGAGGAGUCCAGCCUGUUUCCCCGUGGAGUGGAACCCAGUGACAGAUACCUCUUGGUCAUGGAUCGCCUGGUCUCUUUGGACAGUGCUGAGGACUUUGUCAGACUUGCCAAGGAGAAAUAUCCCAGAACUGAGCUAUGAGAGGGACAAUGAGACUCACUGGGUUUAGAAAUGAAAUAUUUUGUAUGUGGGUUUGUUGUUGGAGCGAACUGGAGGCACUGGAGAGGUUGAAGAAGUGACUCAUGUGCCUACAGGAGCAAGUAUCAAGGGUAAAUGUACAAUAUUCUUGCACUGAGACAUGAUGUUCAACUAUGUAAUCACGCAAUACUCAGGCUUAAUAACUCAGCAUAUUGUAAUUUUCAGGAUAGAGCUAGAAUUCUUCAGGGUGAAGAGGGUAGCUAACACAUUCUCUGUGUAUAGUUCUUCUGUGAAUAGUCCACUGUUAACUCCAUACCUCAAAGCACUGAAGAA